AAUCCAAAAAUCUGAAUAAAUCCAAAGUUUAUUAGUUUGGUCUGAUUUAUAAAUUUAAAAAUUCGACACAAUGGUUUAGUUUGGUAUUUAAAAACCCCCAAAAAAUCUGAAUUUAAUUAGCUUGUUUUGGUUUAUAAAUUUAAAAAUUUUACACGGAUAAUUCGAUUUGAUAUUUGAAAAUUUUGAACCAACUUGAUCAUGUACAAUCAAAACCGUGAAUAUACUGAAUGCGAAAGGCCCAUUAAAGAUUGGGCUAGUGGCGAAGGAUGCCAAACUAAGCCCAAAAAUAAAAAUACUUGGGCGAAACUUGCGAUUUUGAUUUAGGGAAGACAAGAAAACGGAUUGAAAUUAAGAAUUAAACUAGGAUAAGCUGAAAACUAUAUUAAAAUGGUAAAUAAUUGAAUGACUUCUAGAGACAAUUCGGUAAUUGUUGAAAUUAUCGAUGCAUUGAGCAAUUAACAUCUAGCUUUAUAAAAGUUGUUCAAUUUACCCAUUAGUAAAUUAUCUUAAACUCAGUUUAUGGCUGGGUUGGGCGGGUCCUUUUUUUGGGCUUAGUUUGAUAGAUUAUAUAUAAAAAGAAGUCUUGUUUGUAGACAAAAUUCAGGUUAGUCUAACAUAGCCUCUUUUAUUACACUAUUUAUCUCCUGUAAUAUCACCUUCACAAAAUGCCAAAAAAUAUUUAAAAACCUUAGUAAUAUAUCAACAGGUGCAUAUGAAUAUGAUGUGAUUUUUGGAAUUUUCUAUUCCGCCCAAAGAAAGAAUUCUCAAACACACAUGUCCUUUUCUUGUUCAAGAGUUUCCGCCUCUUUUCCCUUUUUUUUUUUUUAUUACUUUAGUUUUCUUUCAUCUAGACAUGUAUUUUUAAUCUGCGGAAAGUUUCAGCUUUUUCAAGGUGAUUGAAUGGAUUGGUGUAAGAUAUUUAUCCCUUUUUUAUUCAUUUGAAAUUUCUCCCUCUAGUUGUGAACAAAUGGAACUAAUUUUCGUCCCACUCGUCUAAGUUGAAAAGUAAAAUUUUCUAUGGUUAAAAUAAUCACCGAAAAGUCUUAUAAAGCAUGAGCAGCCAUUUCUUUUCUCAUUCAUAACAGUUCUCAAGUUUGUCAUCUUUUGUUAGUCAAAACUGGAUUAACUUUGAUACUUGAACACCUCAAUUGAAUUGUAUAUUUUGCCGAACUCUUCUAAUACAAGGUUCUCCAACCAACAUAGUCUAUCAUUGAUGAGUUCUCUCACAAAUGCAUGCUCAAAACUUUCCUCUUCCUCUGCUCCAAUCCAUUGUUGCCUUCCUAUGUUUCUUGAUCACGUCCUCGCCAUCGUAUGGCCUAGAGGAUAAACAGUAUUCCACUUGUAAUAGCUCCUACACCUGUGGGAAUAUUCAGAAUAUCAGCUUUCCUUUCUGGGGUGGUGAUCGACCUCAAGAAUGUGGUCUUCCACAAUUCAAGCUUGCAUGUGAAGACAAUCAGGAUCCCCUUAUACAUAUCGAUGGUCAUAAUUUCCGCGUACUUGACAUCAAUGGAGACAAUCAAACCAUGAGAAUUGCACGAAAUGAUCUUGAGGAUGACAUUUGUCCUGAUAGAUUCGGUAACACUAGCUUAAAUGAUGCCCAUUUCCGCUAUGCUCCUCGCAACUUAAUGAUUCUCAUCCUGUUCUAUGCUUGUCCUUUCGAUAUACCUUCUCAAUGGAAAAAAUUCAGCUUUAGCUGUAAUAACUCUGGAGAGUCCAAUCUUGGUUUCUAUCCAGAUCAGUCAUUUAUAUCAUUCUGGGGACCGAAGUUUGAGAGUUGUGAGUUAAACGUCGCAGUUCCUGUGUUGCUAUCAGCAUUUAAUCGGUUCCAAGACCAAGGAAGUACGAAAAUGUUGGAGCUAGUGAAGCAAGGGUUUGAUGUGGUUUACAACAAAAGCCCAGUAUGUAUGGCUUGUGAGAAAUCAGGGGGUUUAUGUUGGUCAGAAACAGAUUAUGCAGAGCCAACUUGCCUUUGUCAGGACCGAACUUAUCCUUAUUACUGCGGUUUUGUAGGGGAACAAGGCGAUAAAAGAGAUAUCAGAGUGAAGGUUGCUGUAGGUGUAACUACAGCUGCAUUCACUGCCAUUGUGGCAUGUGUAAUUUUCUUUCUCUAUUAUCGUCGACAGAAGAAAAGUCAUGCUGGUUCGUCUUUGAUAUCCAGAAGUAUCCUUUCUUAUCCCUCCUCAACUAUGGACCCUGAAAAGGCUUCGAACUAUUUCGGAGUUCAUGUCUUCGACUACAGUGAACUGGAAGAAGCCACAAACAAUUUUGAUUCCAGCAAAGAGCUAGGAGAAGGUGGAUUUGGCACAGUAUAUAAAGGUAAACUUCUAGAUGGGCGUGUUGUUGCUGUAAAACGUUUAUAUGAGAACAACUACAAGAGGGUUGAGCAAUUCCGAAAUGAAAUUGAAAUCCUCACUCGUUUGCGCCAUCGAAAUCUAGUUACCCUUUACGGAUGCACAUCUCGCCAUGGCCGUGAGCUUCUUCUUGUGUAUGAAUAUAUUUCCAAUGGUACUGUUGCUGAUCAUCUUCAUGGAGAAUUCUCAAAGCCUGGAUCACUUUCAUGGAAUACACGAAUGAGCAUUUCCAUAGAAACGGCAAGUGCGCUAGCCUUUCUCCAUAAUUCAGAAGUCAUUCACCGAGAUGUUAAAACUAACAACAUCCUCCUAGACAGUAACUUCUGCGUCAAAGUAGCUGAUUUUGGCUUGUCUCGGCUUUUCCCUACUGAUGUUACACAUGUCUCAACAGCUCCACAGGGUACCCCCGGAUAUGUUGAUCCCCAGUAUCACGAAUGCUAUCAACUCACCAGUAAAAGUGAUGUUUAUAGUUUCGGGGUGGUAUUAAUCGAGCUUAUAUCCUCUCUGCCAGCUGUUGAUAUCUGUAGGCAUCGACAGGAAAUAAAUCUAUCAAAUAUGGCAAUUAACAAGAUUCAGAGCAACACAUUACAUGAGCUGGUUGAUUCAAAUCUUGGUUUUGACUCCAAUGACAUGGUAAAGUUGAUGAUCACUGCCGUGGCAGAGUUGGCUUUCCAGUGUCUUCAGAACGACAGGGAUUUGAGACCAUCCAUGCCAGAGGUUUUGGAAGCUCUACUGGGAAUUCAGAGAAUGGAUAAAACAGCAACAGAAAUAGGGAAGCCAAGUCCCGGUGAUGAUGCUGGAUUGUUGAACAAUCACGCAUUAUCUCUCUCACCCGAUUCAGUAAUUUCAAAAUGGACUAGCAGUAGCAGUUCAACAACACAUGCUUCCAGUAUUGGCUAAGUUUAUGUCCUCAGUUUGUCUAGUUUGUGGUUUUCUUGAUAGUGAUUCUUCAGCCACCUGCUCAAUUGGUUGCCGAAAGCUGAAUUUUAUUGUCUUUCCCUCGAGUACUUUGGACCUUUUUUCUAUCUUAAAGAGGCUGUACAUAUCUCGUAUGCAGCAAUUUAAAUUUAACAGUACUAAUUCAAUUCAUUUCUUAAAUUCUUUAGUUAAAUUGUGUA